AUGCCUCCGGUGACCAAUUUUGCAGCAAAUCCACGCUAUGCGCAGGAGCAAAACGAUGAGAACUCAUCGAAGAAACCGACGGGUCACAAAAUCGUUGUCAAUCAGUCCAAAAAAGAAACCUUCAGCGUCCUUUCUGGUCUUAGAGGAAUCCAGAAACGACUGAAAAAUGCGUGGACUGUCGAGGCAAACUCCGAUGAAAUCACCGACGGAACGUUUGAAGGAGUCCGAGCAUUCAUUUUACCGCAUCCGAGAGCAAAAUUCAACAUUUCCGAGAUGGAAUCAAUUGGACGAUUCCUUACGAACGGUGGAGCUGUGCUGGUGAUGCUUUCAGAAGGUGGAGAACAAGAAGCUGACACAAAUAUCAACUUUCUACUGGAAGAGUUCGGAAUUGUCGUUAACAACGACGCUGUAAUUCGCAGCAUCUUCUACAAAUAUUUUGAUCCAAAAGAAGCCCUAAUCUCUAACGGAGUACUGAACCGAAGCGUAGCCGUAGCUGCUAAGAAAACUGUGUCGACAGAUCAACAAAGCAAUUCUCAGACCAUUUCAUUCGUCUACCCAUAUGGCGCCACGUUGUCAGUAAACCGACUAGCGACACCAGUUCUUUCAACAGGCAGCGCUUGUUUUCCUAUUGGAAGACCAGUGGUUGCUUUCCAUGAAACUGAGACUGCUAAAGGUAGACUAGUGGUUUGUGGAUCCGUGCACAUGUUCUCUGAUCAAUACAUCGACAAGGAAGAGAACAGCAAACUUUUUGAUUCCAUCAUGGAAUAUCUCUUGGAAGGUUACGAGCUGAACAAAAUAGAUGCCACAGAACCGGAACUCUCUGAAUAUGUUCAAAUACCCGAUCAUGUUAAACUUUCAGAUGAGCUUAAGGUUUGCAUGGAAGAAGCGGAUUUCGAUCUUUCCGUUGCUUCUGAUUUCAUGAAAUGUUUUGAUCAGUCUAUCAUAUCGUUUGACUUAAAUGUCUGGCCUAAGGUACUGAGGGCAUAUGAUCAGUUGCAAGUGAAGGCAGAGCCGUUGACUCUUAUUGUGCCACAAUUUGAGGUGCCACUUCCUCCGCUCCUUCCUGCAGUCUUCCCGCCCACUUUCCGAGAAGUACAACCACCAAAAUUGGAGUUGUUCGACUUAGACGAAAUGUUCAGCAGUCAGGAAGUCCGUCUGGCACAGUUAACGAAUAAAUGUGAAGAAUCUGACCUCGAAUUCUAUAUUCUUGAAGCCGGUGAGAUUCUUGGAAUAGCAUCGAUUCUUCCGACAAGUGAACGCAACCCAAAGCGAAUCCUUGAACAUGUUCUUGGUCAGCUAUUUGAGUUCAAGAAACUGGGACAGGAUGCAGAGUUCACUAGCGCAUUACUUUACAAUGUUCAAGAGCCUGAAGAGGGAGAAGAAGAACAAAUGUUCUCUGAUUUGGAAGAAUACGAUGAUCUUUAG